GUUCAUUUCUACAGUUUAACAUGCAGUAGCUGUAAUGGCUUUGGAAAACAGUGCUUUUGAAGAUCCUUACACACUUACUUUUUAAUAAAAUAAAAAUACCCAACACCCAUCAUCCUAAACACACCCUAAUCAUUUCAACCCCACAACCCCUCCUCCCUUGCCUUUCUUUUUCUUUUCUUUAUAAAUCAGAAAAGAAAAAGCAGAAAAAAAAAAAAAAAAAAAAAGGAUAAAGAGGAACCCAUCUCUCUCUUGGAUUGAAACUCAAUCUUCUUCCCCCUCUUUCUCUCUCACUCUGCUUUUACUCUGCUUUUCAAAGGUAUCCCAAUGUCCUCCCCACCAACCGCCAUUUCUUCAUCUUAAAGCUUCAUAUCCAUCAAUGUCAAUCUGUAAUUACUAGAAAGAGAGAAAAAAAGGGGUUGGGGAAUAAAAGGAAAGAUGGAUUUGGGUAGAAGAAAAGCAGGGGUUAGUAGUAGUACUGUGGUUUCAGGGUCUGUUUGGGAGAGCAGAAUGAAGAUGGAUGAAGUCAAAGGUGGGAUUAAGGUUUUCAAUGGAGAAAAUGGAAGUAAUAAAGAAGGUAGAGCUGUAACAAGAGCAAUGUCCAAGAGAAUUGGUUUGGAGGGAUCUGAAAAAUCCCUAAUUCAGAUUGGAAAAGGGAAGAGCCCAAUUCAGCUCAGGAAGAUGAGAUCUGAAGAAAUUGAGAGAAGCCCAAAUCAGCUAAGGAAGUCAAAAUCUGAAUUGGUUGAGAGAAAUGAAAAAACCCCAAUUCAACUCAGGAAGGUGAAAUCAGAUUCCAUUAAAACGAUCGUCGAUGAAAAUGCUAAAGCUAUUGUUGUUGUCGGUGGAAGAAAUGGGAAAAAUUCAGAGCAUCUUCAAAAUCCAGAAUCAGAAUCAAAUAAGGAUUUGGAUGAAGUCGAGAAGGGAAUCCAUGGAUCUGUUAAGGAAAUUGAGAAACCCCAAGUUGAGAUUGAGACAUCUUGUAAAGAAUUUGGAGUCUGCCAUAUUUCAACCGUUUCGAGUCAAAAAGUUUCGAUCAAUGACAGUGAUGUUCAAGAUGAAAAUGAAGCCAAUGAAGAGGAGGAAACAGAGGAGGAAGAAGAAGAAGAAGAAGAAGAAGAAGACAUUGAAAUUGAGAAGGAAAGCUUCGAUAUCAAGGAGAUCAAUUUACCAGAACCCAAAAAAGCCGUGAAUGAGGUGAAGAAAUUCCACCAAAUCUACGAAAAACCAGUUCCAGUUUCCACUAAAUCCACUUUCACUUCAAACGAAUAUCACAGCUUCCAAGAAAAAAGCAACAAAUUGCAAAACUUAGUGGACUUAGUAAUGUGGAAGGAAGUAUCGAGAUCUGCUUUCGUUUUUGGGAUUGGAUCUUUUAUUAUAAUAUCAUCUUCCUAUACUGAGGACAUCAACAUCAGCUUUAUUUCUGUGGUGUCAUAUGUGGGACUCUUCUAUCUUGCUGCCACGUUCUUGUAUAGAUCCAUUAUUUGCAGGGGAGCCAUUGAUAUGGACAAUGUAAGGCAUGUGAUUGGAGAAGAAGAAGCAAUUUGGGUUCUUAAAUUGGUACUCCCUUAUUUCAAUGAGUUCUUAUUAAAACUCAGAGCUCUGUUUUGUGGAGAUCCUGCAACUACAAUGAAGCUGGCUGUACUGCUAUUUGCCUUGGCUAGAUGUGGCAGCUCCAUAACCGUCUGGAAAGUCGCCAAAUGGGGAUUUUUUGGAGUAUUUACUGUACCUAAAGUCUGCUCUUCGUAUUCCUCGCACCUGGCUGCUUACGCAAAAUUUUGGGUUCGACGGUUUCGUGAUGCAUGGGAGUCAUGUUCUCAUAAGAAGGGAGUAGCUGUGGCAAUCUUCGUACUUGUAUGGAACUUGUCCUCAGUAGUCGCUCGUGUUUGGGCUGUUUUAUUGUUGCAGCAUUUAUGCUAUUUGUGGCGUUUCGAUAUUACCAGCAAUCUUUACAAACAGAGGAGUGGGAAGAGGAUGAGGUUGAAGAAGAUGGAGACACGUGUCAAGCUUCUAUUGGAAAGGAAAAGUAUGGCAGUGGGUCCCUUUUUGGAGGCAUCGGCAGUGCCAAACAAAAGAAGAAAUUUUGAGAAUAAAAUCAAUUUUCUUAGAAAAUAAAUUUUGGGUCUUUAUUAUUAUUAGCUUUCAACUUCAAUCAGCAUAGGCAGAUGUUUGCUGUUUGAUAUUAUAUGGUCAAUUUUUCUCGACCUUUUUUUUUUCUCUAAAAAAGAAAAAAAAAUAUUGAUCGCUCGGGUUUUUUUAGUUUCUAUGUAAAUAUUUGUGGGUUAGUUCAAUAAAAUCAAGCAAUCCAUUAUAGUUU